CCAAUCUACAAUAAUAUACACCAACCAAUCACAUGCAAAGAAACAAAAUAAUAUGUGGGCUAAAUUUUGGAAUUUCCCAUUUCAUCACCAUAUACAAAAAAUAUAUUGGAAUUUCCACCAAACUCUGUAAAUGGCAAUGGCUGCAAGAUUGAGUCAAAUGAUAUCUUGCAAUUGAAAAUCAAGACAAGAAGCUAAGAUUCCAUCUAAGAGAGGAGAAGAAAAGUUGUUCUGCUUUCAUCUACUCUUCUUCUUGCUCACUCCAAAUCCCACCUUAAAUUCUUCAUAGCAACCAGAGAGGAAUGACGGCUUAUGGUGCAGUGAAUUCUCUGAGGAAUACAAUUGAUUAUAUUCUCCAUUCUUCUCAUUUUAGCCUCGUUGAUCCCUCUCCAAAUAUCAUACAAGUCGCCUACGAGGAGUUGAAUCCAUUGCAAGAAAUUCUUGAAAGAUUGGACAGCACGAGCAAGAGCAGGAGCAGGAAGAAGGUGAAUGCUUUGGAUGAAAGAAUCAAAGAGUUGAUUUGGGAAUUCGAGGAUAUAUUGGAAUCACUUGUCUACCAACAGAUUCUUUCACAGUUUCCUGCAGACCAAGUAGAUGAAGAUGAUGUUGGCGGUGAGAAAAUCAGAUUCACCAUUGAUCUGCAAUUCCUACAACAUCAUAUUCCUUCCUUCAUCGAGAGGCUCGAGGAAAUGGAGGAGGAAUACAUUUAUGAAGUAGACAAUAUGCCUGAAGAUGAAGAUGACGACGAGGUCGAAUCUAUUUCCACAAGAAGUGGGACCAAGUCCAAGAUGAUUGGAUUAUCGGAUCAAUUCCAACAUCUAAAAUGGAGUCUUACGGCAACUUCCAAGCAAUGUUUCUUCGCCGCACUUGUUGGAACUGCAGGCGUUGGGAAGACAGCUCUGGCUGAGGCAGUUUUUGAAGAUCCUGAAAUCAUUAGCCAUUUUGAGCAUCGCAUAUGGGUUACUGUGGGCAGAAAAUCUCAAUUCGAUGAUGUUUCACGAGACAUUCUAGCUCAAAUGUAUGGAAUCACACAAGGAGAUGAUGAAUUAGGUGCCUACUUGAAAGAAAGAUCGGAGGGAAUGAAAUGUCUCAUUGUGCUCGAUGAUGUGUGGGAGGAACAGAUAUUGGAUUCCUUGAAACGAUGCUUUAGGAACAUUGAUAAUGGAUCAUUUCAUAUCUUGGUUACUACUCGAGAUCGAAACGUAAUUCUUGCAAUGAUUAAUCCUUUUUCUAUAAUGUUAGUGCGGUUUUUGAAGGAGGACGAAGGUAAGGAGCUGCUAUGCGAGAAGGUGUUUGGUGAGAAGAGUUGCCCUUUUCAACUUGAUAAAGCCGCUAACAAAAUUGUCAAGAACUGUGAAGGUCUUCCUCUCAUGAUAGUCACAGUGGCUAGCAUCCUAUCAAAAGCCCAUAACAUAGAUCCAAAAUAUUGGGAGGACGUAGCAGAAUUGCGAAAUUCAGUCUUCACCGAUGCAUAUAAUGAGAUAUCGAAGGUACUUUUUCCAAGCUACGACUACUUAAUUCAAUAUCUCAAAAUGCCUUUUCUGUAUAUGGGAGUCUUUCCUCCGGAUUAUGACAUCCCCUUUUCUAAGUUCAUGAAUAUGUUGGAUACUGAGGGCUGGUUUCAUAGCAUUGAGACAGAACAAUCUUUGGAGGAAUCUAUCUCGGAAUAUUUGGAGGAGCUUUGUAAUCUUAGGAAUCUUGCUUUAUCCAACUCAAGGACUUGGAAUAUUAGUUAUGCCAUUGCGUUUAAAACCUGUCGCCUUCAUUCUUCAUGGCGUCACGUGUGUAGAGGAGAAGCUCGGAAGAACAAGUUUUAUCAUGUUAUCAAAAAGCUUGUUCAAGUCUUAGAAGAUGGUGUAAAAGGUCAGCGUUGCUUGUGUCUUGAAAAUAACCUUUUAUUUAGCAUCAAAGACUUUUGCAACUCGGUGAGAUUGAACUGUGCAUCCUCUGCACGUUCUCUCCUUUUUUUUGGUCCAUACCACCAAUAUCCAAUCCCAAUAGGUGACGAUUUCAAGUUGCUUGGGAAACUAGAUGCUCUUAAUCUACGUUUGUACACUUUCCCAGCAGAAAUUCUGACACUAGUCCUACUAAAGUACCUUGCUCUAACUUGCAACGGAGAACUCCCUACAACCAUAUCCAAACUUUUCAAUCUUCGAGUCUUGAUUAUUCAUCCACAUAACAACAUUAGCAUUUGUGGUUCUCCAUCAUAUGUACCCGUACAAAUAUGGGAUAUGCGAGAGUUAGAGCAUAUUGAGAUAUUGGGGAAGAGUCUUGUAGCUCCAUGUCAUUCUGUUUCUUUGGAAAAACUCUCAACACUUGUAGGUGUAAAUGCCGACAUUUGUAAUAUCUUGGAGCUCUCCAAAAAAGUUCCUUUUGUAAGGAAAUUAGGAGUUCAGAUCGAGCUAACGCCUUAUGAUGAUCAUAACGACCUUUUAAGUUGCUUUGGUUGUGUUUCAACACUUAAAAGUUUGGAGAUACUGAAAUAUAGUAUCAUAAAUCCUGUGGUUAACUACGAUUAUGUGUUUCGUAGUUCAUUGAUGAUGUUGCCACAUGCAUUGCAAAAGUUACAUUUGAGUGGCAUGGGUCUUUCUUGGAAAUACAUGAGUGUGAUUGGCUCUUUGCCAAAUCUUGAAGUGCUCAAAUUGCGAGCCUAUGCCUUUCGGGGUUCAAAGUGGGAAGAGGGAAGUUUUUUAAGACUUUUGUUUCUUCUAAUUGAAGACAGUGAUUUGGUGCAAUGGAAACCAACAUCUGGAAGCUUCCCUUAUCUUGUCCGCCUAAGCAUGAAACAUUGCUACAAACUAGAAGAGAUUCACUGGUCGUCUCGUUCGGGGAGGGGAACGAUUGAAUUAGUGAAUUGCAAUCCAAUAGCUUUGACUUGUGUCAGGCAGUUACAACCGACUCAACCUACUCUUUUUGAUGUUACUGCCUCUUCUUCUUUUGACGAGAAACCCACUACUAUCAAGUUUACGAGGUAUUGGUCUGGGUUUGAAUAAAAGGGUCAGAAAGGUGUCACGCCCUCUAUUUUGCUAUAUUAACUUUGAGGUAUUGCUAUUCUCCAUCCACGUGUUUAUAAUUACUUUUAGCAAUUUUAUUAGGGAAAUGCUCAAUUCACAUAAUAUGUGCCCACAUAAUUGGAUAUUUUUGUCAUUCUAUAAAUUUCCAUAAAUUAUGGAAUUAA